AUGAAUGAAGCGAAAAAGGCAAGAACUAUUGCUAAAUCAUCAUUUACCCGUAGUGCUAAAUCCAUCCAACGGCUAAUCGAACAAGGACGGCCCGAACCGGAAGUUGUCAAAGCAGGUGGCAUAUUUGAAACAGCCUAUGAGAGAGUACUAUCUAAGCAUGAAGGAUUUGCAAUACUUGUAGAAGAAAAGGAUUAUGAACAGGAAGAAGAAUGGAUGGAAGAUGUGUCAAAAGAAUAUGAUGCUAUUUGUAUAAUGAUAAAUGAUUAUAAAAUAACCAUGGCUCCGAAGAACAAUAUUACAACCGAUAAAGUGGAAAAUCCAGCCAGCUCUCAGGAUGUCAAUGUGGACCCAAACAACACAAAUAUACCAUCUGGAUCAGGCAUUGAUGAGACUGCAGAAUCCGUACCACGAGGGGAAACGGAACCCACUGUUACAUUGGAAUUAUCACCUGACAACCAAGCUGCCGCAACUAAUUUUCCUUCUUAUGCUGCACCCUCACCCAGUCCAACUUCCAUGAAAUUGAGAACAGAGAGAGCACCGCUUCCUAAAUUUGAUGGAAAUGUUCGAAAUUAUCUGGACUUUCGUAGAGAUUUCAAAUUUUUGGUGGAAAAGCAAUACACAACUCAGGAAGCCCUUUAUGUUCUUCGUAGCUGCCUGGACAAAAGCAGUGCCGACCUGAUAAAAUGCAAGGAGGACUACGAUGCUGCAUGGGAAAAAUUAGACCGAGAGUAUGGCGACCCGAGAAUUGUUUCUGAUGUCCUGCUGUCUGACUUGGAGAAAGUAAAGCCAGUGGAUGAAUUUGACUAUGCACACUUUGUUCAGUAUCAUGCUUUAAUUGAGAAGAUAUUCAGCAUGCUGACGAAACUGAAUCGACUCGGAGAUUUGGAUAAUACAACAACACUGAGUGCCAUGGAGAAAAAAUUAUCAAGGAAUGACCGUCUAAAGUGA